AAAUCUUUCACACACACACACACAGUAAUACAAGAGCCUCAACAUCUUCUCCUUAAGUCUUUUUCUUCUGCAAAUUAAAUGGAAGGUACAAAGAAGGUGAAAUCCCAAGCGCUUCUAUCCAAACUCGCCACCAGCGAUGAACACGGCGAAAACUCACCGUAUUUCGAUGGAUGGAAAGCUUAUGACAAAGACCCUUUCCACCCCCUCACCAACCCUAACGGAGUCAUCCAAAUGGGCCUCGCCGAAAAUCAGCUUUCGCUGGACAUGGUGUUGGAUUGGAUCAAGGCAAAUCCGGAGGCCUCCAUCUGCAACGCUGAAGGACUCCAUGCAUUCAAAAAUAUGGCAUUGUUUCAAGACUAUCACGGCUUGCCCGACUUCAGAAAGGGAGUGGCAAGAUUCAUGGAAAAAGCACGAGGCGAAAGAGUGAGAUUCGAUCCAGAUCGCAUAGUAAUGGCGGGUGGAGCAACCGGAGCUAAUGAGGUUGCUAUAUUCUGUUUGGCUAACGAGGGCGAUGCAUUUCUCGUGCCGUCUCCUUAUUAUCCUGCAUUUAAUCGGGAUUUGAGAUGGAGAACCAAAGUCCGACUACUACCGGUAACCUGCCAAAGCUCGAACAAUUUUCAAAUGACCAAAGAGGACCUUGAAGAAGCAUAUGAGAAUGCCCAAAAAGCCAAUAUCAAGGUUAAAGGGGUAAUUCUGUCAAACCCUUCCAAUCCAUUAGGCACGACAAUGGACAAGACCAAUUUAAGAAGCCUAGUAACAUUCAUCAAUGAGAAGCAAAUCCAUCUAGUGUGCGACGAAAUAUACGGGGCGACCGUGUUCCGUUCACCGCGAUUUGUGAGCAUUUCGGAAGUAGCGGAAGAGAUGGAGUGCAACCUUGACCUAAUUCACGUGGUGUAUAGUUUGUCUAAGGACAUGGGCCUCCCCGGCUUUAGGGUCGGGAUUUUGUACUCGUACAAUGACCACGUGGUUAGUUGUGCUAGGAAGCAGUCGAGCUUCGGACUAGUUUCGUCGCAAACGCAACAUUUAUUGGCGAAAAUGUUGUUGGACGAAGAAUUUACGGACAAGUACUUGUCUGAAAGCAGGAGGAGGCUGGCGAGCCGGUACGACUCGUUUACUAAAGGGCUUAAAGAAGUGGGCAUAGGGUGUUUGGAGAGCAAUGCUGGGCUUUAUUGUUGGAUGGACCUUAGGCAACUAUUGAAAGAGCCCACAUUUGAUGGUGAGAUGGAGUUGUGGAGGGUGAUUGUUAAUGAGGUGAAGUUGAAUGUGUCACCCGGCUCGUCCUUCCACUGCUACGAGCCGGGUUGGUUUAGAGUUUGCUUCGCGAAUAUGGAUGACGAGACCUUAGAGAUCGCUCUAGGGAGGAUCCGGAUGUUCGUUGAGAAAGGGAAGGGGGCCAAGUCGUGGCAAAGGAACUUGAAAUUGAGCUUUUCGUCGCGAAAAAUGGCCACCUCACCUCGUAUAAUGUCGCCUCACUCGCCUAUACCACCUCACUCACCACUCCUUCGCGCCAAUAACUGAGCACAUUUCUUACACAAACAUGAAUAUUUUUUUUGCACACCUUGUCCAAUAUAAUUGUAAGUCUAGCAUUUCCAAUUGUCCAAAUGGGCUUACAGCCCAACCACAUUUUAUCUGUUCUAUUACUGCCCCAAAUGUAACUAAUUGGGCUGGGCUGAAAAUUUGUACUGUAGUAUGUAUCUGUGAGCUUUGCAUCCUCUGAAAAAUAUAUGGA